CUCUGCAGCAUCAUUAGAGAGAGUCUCUCUCGCGCGUGCAGUGCGGUAGAACGUGCAGGUGAUGGGAGGAGGAGGAGGAGGAGGAGGAGGAGGAAGAGGGAGGUGCGUGGACCGUGCAUGCGGGACUUGGACUUCAGGGGGCAAAAGACGCAUAGAGCACGCGGAACAGUUCCCGCAACACACUUCCUCCCCUCCCGCGCGAGCUCCGAACCGGACCGCCGAUUACUUUUUUCUUUUUUUUUCUCUUAUUCUGUCCGGUCUGAGCGCGCGAGACUGAUGUUCGUUUUCCUUUCAUUCCUUUAAAUAAGGCUCGCGACUCCAUCAGCGGUCCUUAACUUUUAUUUAUUGAACGGAUUUGCAGAAAUGCGCGCGAUUGGCACGCGGGCAGCAGACUGCAGAGGAGAUUGAGGUAAGAGGAGGACGAACCGGGAAGGACUUUGGAGGGGAAGAAAAAAGAAAAAGAGAGAAAAACAGAUAAUAAAGCAAAGGAGACUGUUUAUUUCCCGAGCGAGGACAAAGCCGCCGUUGUCGCGUGCACGCUGAAGAAAGGAAGAGAGAGCGAGAUAGAUAGAUAGAUAGAUAGAUAGAGGGAGGGAGAGAAGCGUCCCGAGUUGAAGUCACGGAUCUCUCUCUCUCUCUCUCUCUCUCUCUCUCUCUCUCUUUUGUGUUCUACUGCAUUGCAGUUUAAACCCGGUGCAAAGCGAAAGCGAGCGGCUCGCGCGCCUGCAGCAUCUCAAUGAACCGGAGGAGGAGAGAAAAACCCGGUACCGAGUGGAUCUUCUGUUUAUUACAGACAUGGAAUUUCGCUUAAGGGGAUGUGUUUUUUGUUUUAAUGCGGUCAUCUCGCACGUGCAGACGUGACUGGAGCAACUAAGGAAGUGCAAGAUCAUCUAAAAACACACACACACACACACACACACAAGCAGAGACUAAAAAUUAUUACUGGAACUGGAGCACGAGGAAGCUGCAGAGAGAUAAAGAGAGAGAAAGAAAGACAGAUAGAGAGAGAGAGAGAGAGAGAGAGAGCCAUGGGGAGCAUGAGCGUUGGCGCAGUGAACACGCCGCUCGGCUGCUACCUCGUGCUUGUGCUGCAGCUGCUGACUCAGGUCGAUUCAGCGCUGCGCUACCGGGUCGCUGAAGAAGGUCCGGCGGAUGUGCGCAUCGGCAACGUGGCCAGCGACCUCGGGCUCGCGACGUCCGGCAUUGGCACAGGUGAUGUGACUUUUGCGCUGGAAUCUGGAGCAGAGUAUUUCAAGAUCGACAAUGUGACGGGCGAGCUGACCACCAGCGCCCGGCGUAUAGACCGCGAGAAGUUACCUCAGUGUGCCAUGAUCUUUGACGAGAACGAGUGCUUCUUGGACUUUGAAGUUUCAGUGAUCGGGCCGCUGCAAAGCUGGGUGGAUCUUUUCGAAGGCCGUGUCGUUGUGACCGACAUCAACGAUAACACGCCGUCGUUCCCGUCUCCGAUGCUAACUCUGUCCGUCGAGGAAAACAGACCGAUCGGAACGCUGUACCUUCUCCCCACAGCUACGGACCGCGACUUCGGACGCAACGGUAUCGACCGCUACGAGCUCGUGCACCAGGAUGCCGUUUCUGGGUCACGCCGACCCAAUCCCAGCAUGGCCACAGGAACCGAAAGGAAUGGCGGCGGCGGUGAGAGGAGGCGUGUCCAGGAGGCUGGGCCUACCCAAAAUGGGCGGAGCAACAGCGUCUUUGAGUUGCAAGUUGCCGAUACGCCUGAUGGACAGAAACAGCCACAGUUGAUUGUAAAAGGCCCGUUGGACCGUGAGGCGCGCGAUUCCUAUGAGCUAAUUCUCAGAGUACGAGAUGGCGGAAACCCGCCACGUUCUUCUCAAGCGCUGCUUCGUAUCUCCAUCACCGAUGUCAAUGACAACAAUCCACGCUUUGAAAGGGCUGUUUAUGAAGCUGAAAUGGCUGAAAACACACCUCCAGGAACACCUGUGCUUCAGGUGCGAGCUUCAGAUCGUGAUGUCGGUGUAAACGGACAGGUGGAGUAUGUUUUUGGUGCCGCAACGGAAUCCGUACGCCGGCUACUUCGCCUCGAUGAGGCCUCAGGCUGGCUCAGUGUUUUGCACCGUAUUGACCGAGAGGAAGUUUCCCAACUUCGCUUUAUAGUAACCGCAAAAGACCGAGGCCAACCACCUCGAACGGACCGUGCCACAGUCAUACUCAAUGUACGAGACGAAAACGACAACGUUCCUGUUAUAGAUAUCCGCAAAAUCGGACGCAUCCUUGUACGAGACGGAGCUGCUAUGGUACCCGAGAACGUUCUAGUAGACACUCCUGUAGCUUUGGUCCAAGUUUCAGAUCGUGAUCAAGGAGAAAACGGCGCUGUGACUUGCACGGUGGUGGGAGACGUCCCCUUUACGCUAAAACCUGCAGGAGAAAAUGCACUAGCUCCUCCUCCAGCUGUUGACGACGCCUUUGAACGAAACAAAAAGAAGUUUUUCCUGCACACUUCGGCGCUUUUGGACUAUGAAACCACAAGGGAUUACACAGUCACGAUUGUUGCGGUGGAUUCUGGAAGUCCGAGUUUGUCCGUUAACAGCACUUUGAUGGUGCGAGUGGUGGAUAUAAACGAUCAUGCUCCGACAUUCGCUCAAAAUCUAGUGGAAGUUCAUUUCGCUGAAAACAACACACCAGGGGAGCGAGUGGUCACCGUGGUAGCGUCCGACGCCGAUAGCGGCAAAAAUGCAGAAAUCGCAUAUUCCCUGGAUCCAUCUGUGAACGGUGCGUUUUACAUAGACACUGAUAAUGGAGAUAUACGUGCUACCGGAGUGUUAGAUCGAGAACAACGCGACAGAUACGAGUUCCGUGUAAUCGCACGAGACAAGGGCACUCCGUCUUUACAAGGUUCUACAACCGUUGUCGUCCAGAUAACUGAUAGGAAUGACAACGCUCCAAAGUUCGUCCAGGAAGUCUUCAUGUUUUACGUCAAAGAGAACUUGCUUUCCAACAGCCCCGUCGGUAUGCUGACUGUUACGGACGCAGACGACGGGGAGAAUGCGGAGUUGAGUUUGUUUGUGGAGGAGGAGGAUGAUGAUGAAGAAGAAAAUGAAGCAGGAAGUAGAAAGCCGGAAACCUUAACCAAGACGUUCUCUAUUGAGAACAACACCGGAACCAUCUUUUCUGCACUGUCGUUUGACCGUGAGCGCCGCAGCACGUAUAAAUUUCGUGUUCGGGCCAUAGAUGGAGGCGACCCGCCUCGAUCUGCCACCGCUACAGUCUCUCUCUACGUAACAGAUGAAAACGACAACGCGCCAUCCAUCAUCGCUCCUUCUAAUGACUCGUACACACUCCUAACCCCGUCCAGCGGCGCCCGGACUGUCGUGAGAACCGUAACGGCCUCGGACAGUGACGCCGGGUCCAACGCAGACCUACGCUAUGCUCUGAUUGGUGGAAACCCGUUCCAUCUGUUCGAGAUCGACCCAAGCAGCGGUGUCAUCACGCUGACGGAACCACUGGAGAGACGACACCGAGGACUCCACCGCCUGGUGGUACGAGUGAACGACAGCGGAGUUCCCUCACUGUGUGCCACGGCGCUUGUUCAUGUCUUUGUCAAUGACAGUCUCACCAACGCCACCCUGGUGGACGCUCAGGUGGCGCGCAGUUUGGGGGUCCCCCUGUCCCUGGACAUUGCAGGAGACCCUGAUAAUGAGAGGAUUCUGGGUAAGCAGCGUCUCAGCGUGGCGAUUGGCGUGCUGUCUGGUGCAGCCGCUGUGGUUCUCAUCAUCCUGCUGGUUCUGAUGGCGCGUCAGUGCGGAGCGCUCGGGAAGAACGGCUAUGAGGCCGGAAAGAAAGAACCAGAGGAGGACUUCUUCACGCCCCGCCCACCUUCACAGCCGCCGCCUGAGAAAAAAAAACGUCGCGAUGCAGAGAAACGUGACGUCCGGUCCAAAUCUGACCGCUCGCUGUACGCCGGGAUCGUCACAGUGAAUAGCUGCAGACGCAACGACGAGGAAGAAGAAGAGGAAGAGGAAGCAGAAGAGGAACAGGAAGUGAGUCAGCGCAUCGGGACCAGGCGUCACCGCUCAAGUCCCGACCUGGCGCGUCAUUACAAGUCGAGCUCUCCGUUACCUGCCGUCCACCUGCAGCCCAACUCGCCGCCGGUUGAGGGGAAGAAGCACCAGGCCGUGCAGGAACUUCCUCCCACAAACACCUUCACAGGAAACGGGAACGGGAACGCCGACGCCAUGUCACUCGGCUCUGACCAUUGCUCUGAUUACAGCUGCCACAACACCAAGUACAGCAAACAGCCGUUGCGCAGGGUGACGUUCUCCGUGGCGACAGAUGCGGGUUGCUAUGACAGCGGGGUGGACGAGUCGGAGACACCGAGCAGUAAGAGCAGUAAGAUCGGCGUCCUGUCUCUUCCUGAAGACGGGUACGAGAGAACGACACCCGAGGGCAGUGUGGGGGAGGAGGAGCACGUGGAGAACGACUCGAGGCAGCUCCCUGACGUGGCUUUAACGGGAAAAUGCACUCGUGACUGUGGCGAGUACGGUCACUCUGACACCUGCUGGAUGCCUGUGCAGUCAUCACCACGGAGACUCCAGGGCAACGGAGCACCACGGCAACGCAUGUCCAGCUUCACAUCAGCGGGCGACGACAACAACAAUCACGACAACAGCGAUCGAGAGGAAGAAGAAGGAGAGGAGGACGAUGGCUCGGACCAAGGCAGUGGAGGGGGCGGAGCCGACGAUACACGCAGUCCCCUGGCCAACGGCGAUCCGCUCGCAAGCCGUCGCCACGGUGACCGCAACAGGAACAUCGGGGAUCACAAUCGGAACCUGCUGAACCGCAAGAUGACAUCGGCAUCAUAUGACACCUUUAGCAGCGCUAGGUUCGGAGGUCAAUGCCAUGGUGACGACUCAGAGAUGCCCCGCCCAAACGAGGUCAUUCCACUGACCAGGGCAGGGGGCGGAGACUUCAAAACAACAUCAUGCCUGCAACUAUCACGCAGGGAAGUUUACCUGUGACGAACACCUGAGAUACGAACUCGCACCUGUGAUACGAACUCGCACCUGUGAUAUGAACUCAUCUGAAAUAUGAACUGGCACCUGAGAUAUGAUGAACUCACACCUGAGAUACAAACUCACACCUGAGAUACGAACUCGCAACUGAGAUACGAAUUCGCACCUGAUAUAUGAACUCACACCUGAGCAACAAACUCACACCUGAGCAACAAACUCACGCCUGAUAUCUAAACCCACACCUUAAAUAAAAACUCACCUGAGAUUUUAAUUUGCAUCUAACAGAUGAGGUCUCAUCUGAACCCUGAACUCACCCCUGAGAUACAAACAGGAAAUUCCAAGAGAGCACCUGAUAUGAACACCUGGGUUACAAAUCUGUACCUGAGAAAUGAAGUCACCCCUGAAAAAGUAGCUUUCACCUAAGCUAGGAAUCUGAACCUUAAAUGCAAAGUUCACAUCUAGGAGAUGAAGAACCUGAACUAUGAAUUCUCACCUGAGCUGCUGGUUCUCACCUGAGCUACCAAUAGGCAUCGUACAAAAUCACAGCUAAGCAACAAUCUCACACCUGAGCUAGCAAGUUUUAGAUUCACACCUGAGUUAGGAAUUCACAUACAAGAACUAAAAUGUGGACAACACCUGAAACUACAAACUCUCACCUGAGAUGAGGAUUCCCACCUGAGAUCUGAGCCUAUGCCAGAGAUAUCAAUUUGAUAAAAAGUGUUGAGUUCACAUCACACCUGAAAUCUCUCAUCUGACCUUCCAAUACAGACCUGCCAAUACAGAGCUUCCAGUUCUUACCUGAGCUACCAAAACACAUCUAAGCUACCAAUUCUCACUUAAGUUACUAAUUCACCUGAGCUACAAAUUCUCACAUGACGUACCAAUACAGACCUGCACAAUCAGUUUGCACCUAAGCCAUGAACUCACCUGUGCUACCUGUCCUCACCUGGGCUACCAAUCCUCACCUGACCAGAUCUCACCUGUUCUACCAAUCCUCACCUGACCAGUUCUCCUCUGGGCUGCCAAUCCUCACCUGACCAGUUCUCCUCUGGGCUACCAAUCCUCACCUGACCAGUUCUCACCUGUGCUACCAAUCCUCACCUGACCAGUCCUCACCUGGGCUACCAAUCCUCACCUGACCAGUCCUCACCUGGGCUACCAAUCUUCACCUGACCAGUUCUCCUUUGGGCUACCAGUCCAGGUAAAGACUGUUAACCCAGGUGGGAACUGGGCUAACAUUCCUUACCUGGACUACCAGUUCUAACCUGGGCUACCAAAACUGACUUGAGCUACUUGAACUAUGAAUUCUCACUGGAGCUACCAGUUCUCACCUGCACAAUGAGUUUGUACCUGAGCCACAGACUCAAACCCGGAGUAAGACUCAUCACCUGUUUAGGACGAGUUUCAGGAAUUUCAGAACUUACGCUCUAGAACUGAAUGUUUCUCAUCCCCUCAUGUCUGUGGAUGAAAAACGAAAGUUGAGUCAAGGAUUCGGAAAUGAGUUGUCUCACAGACGUUAAAGAAGUUGUGAACUGUUGAAGGAAAACUGUUGAACGUUGCAUGUUUGAUCUCCAGCAGAUGGAAAAAAAUCUGAAAAAAAUUUGAGGAUUUGAAAUGAUUUUAUAAACUGAAUUACUUUUAGGGCUCUUUAAAAGACUUUAAAAGUAACAAGAUGCACGUUUGGCCUCCUGCAGACAGGGGGUGCUGUGGAGAGAGAGAGAGAGAGAGAGAGAGAGAGAGAGCACUUUUACAGAACUGAACCCGGCAUGGUGGACUCGGUGGUCUCCUCUGACAUCAUCCCUACAGAAAGAACCGAACGUUACAGCGUUAAGCUAACUUUAUUUUUUCGUAAGUUAACUAACUGACAACACUUGCUGUAAUGCUAAUCAGCUAGCUAUAUUUAUUACCUCAUUUCACUGAGCUAUUAUCCAGCUAGCUGUUUACGUUUAGCUAACAUAUUCUGAUAACAAUACUAUGUUGUUAAUUAUUAGCAAGCUAGCUUAAUGUUGCUAGUGUUAGCAAAAAAAAAAAAAACUUAACCGUGUGGGCGAUUUCAGCCAAUGAACAGUAUUUAUGAUGUCAGGAAGGACCACUAUGCACAUCCUGAUUUUGAUUGACAGGUGUCUGUGGAUCAUUAUGGGUGGAGCUUAGGUUAAAUGUGCCGGCCAAUCAGCCAAUCCCAAACCUCAUGACGUAACACCAUCACCUGACUUUCAUUUCUUUGGCUUGAUAUAGUUUUAGCAUAAGACUUUCAGUUCUACACGGCAAUUGCUAAGCUAACUAGCUACGUACAUGCAGCACAAUGCUAACAUUAGCUAGUUAAUUGAAGUUUGUUAGCGUUAAGUAUACUAUUGUAUUGCGAAAGCAAAUAAGUAAUUACGCUAAAUUAUCGUGAUGUCUCGUGAAGUUUGCGAAUGGCUGAACAAAUUUACAUUAAGCCCCUCCCCUGCUGACCCAAGGGCACCUGUCACUGGGUGUAAAAAAGACAUCUGACCGCCACAGCCAAUCAGAGACGUGAAGUGUAAAGUGAAGUAAAAAAAGUUAAAACAAUCAUUUAGCACUUAACCAAUCAAAUGUAAGUAUUCAAAUGAUAUUCAAAUCAGCUUUUAUAGAAUCAGUAGACAAAUGAAGACUAAAAUACAGUAUUUUUCUUCCGUUUCUUUUUUUUCAUGGAUGACGAACACAAAAUGGAGCGAUUUCAUUGGACGCUGUUCGUAAAAAGACUGAAAAGCAAAACAACAAAAAAAAAUCACAACAUGACGUUGAACUUUUGACAAAACGGAGAAACAGAACAAAAACGGAAUGAAAAAGGAACUGUAGUUACUUCAUUAGCCACGUUUUCUUCUGCAACUAUGACACACACACACACACACACAAACAUACACAUACACAUACACACACACACACACACACACACACAAACAUACACACAUACGCUACAUAUUAGCCAUCGUAAGAGGAAUUAGCUGUAGCAUUUUGCCUGCUUAAUCUUCACACAUUAUUGGACUAUAAACUAAUCCUCCGUUUAAGUGCAUACAGAAUUUCAGGGCAUUAAAUAUUAAAACACGACGAUAACAAAUUUCA